GCAGUGAACAUUCAAUUCAUAAUUGUUGGUUUUGGACGCAUUUGGCAAUUGAGGUAGAUGCGAUGGACGAAACUCAUUCGGAAAUCGCUAAACAAUUCGUUUUGCCGGAAAGGCAGAGCAAAAUUCACUCGUUGUUGAGUUCGGAGCAGAAUCGAACCGCGCAAGGCGCUCUACUGCCUGGGCAAGAAGUUUUUUGCGUGUGCAAAAGUUCAGAGGAGAAGGGAUUCAUGAUAGCAUGCGAUCGUUGUGAAACAUGGUUUCAUGGAAAAUGCGUGGGAGUGAAAGCCAAGGACGAAUCUCGGAUCAUCAGCUUUUAUUGCCAGCGACGGCCGAAACGCCGCGAGAAAACAGUGAACAAGCGGCGGAAGUCUCACACGACUCCGGACUCCCCGCGGAGCGAUGGCGGCUACACUCCGCCGCCGCCACGGCGGCGAGGCGACGAAACCGAUUCCGAUGAAAACAAUUCCGACAGCGAAGAAGCGCAGAAGAAGAAGCCCGGGAAGAGAAAAGAAGAAAAGGUUGUUAAGAAACCCACGAGAAGAGCGUUUAAAAAACCCGAAGCUGUUGAUGAACAACAACAGCCGUUGGAACCGUAUGGAGAGGACAGACGUCGUCAGUGCCUUGGACCGUCUUGUCAACACGCUGCGAGGUUUCGAUCGAAGUACUGCUCUGAAGAGUGCGGAUUACGCUUAGCUUCUCAAAGAAUAUUCAUGAUUUUACCAGAACGGGUCAAAGAGUGGAGACAAGGGAGUGCAGCUGAAGUGAAGGACAAAGAAAAAUUAGUUGAAGUCCGCGAGAAGCUGCAAAAGAAUCAGACUAGGAUGGAACUCCUUGACAAAAAGCUGAGGGAGCACAUUGAUUUGGUGCAGCGCGUGAAGAAGUUAUCUCCGGAAACGGAUAGCGACGAUGAAAGCGAAGCUCAGGAAGCAGAAGGAUCCAUGUAUUGCAUCACUUGUGGAAUGGAAAUUUCUUCCAAGAUUGCAACAAAGCAUUUGGAAAAGUGUUUUAUUCGCGUUUGCGGUAGUCCGAUUGUAAAUGACCUCUUCAUCCCUACGGAAAAAUAUUGCCGCAAAUUGAAGCGGAAGUGCACCGAUCAUUUCCUGUGGGAUCGGCUGAGGAGAGCAGAAAUCGACGGUAUGCGAGUGAAAGAAUUCCUUCUGAGAGAUGAAUUGUUCGAAGAAGAAAGACAGCUGCGACAAGCGAUGAAAAAUCGAGGCGGGCUUAUGGCAUUGAUGCUUCAUUCAACCUGCGAUAUUCGAAAGCUUGAAAAGCAAAUGAAACGACAAACCUAUCAAAUGCAGGCCCACGUGGAACAUUCAAGCGGGGAAAUUGCCGCAAGAACUCCUAGUCCAAAGCCUUCUAUGCCAGUGUAAGAUUAUUUUGAGGAAAUGUUUCUUUUUUUAGUUGAAGUAAUGAAUUUUGUAUGGUCCUCCAAA